UGAAAGUAUGUGGCCGUGGCCGCAUUUUUAUAGAAGAAAGUUACUUGUGAGAAAUAGCGUAAAAAGUUUCCUAUACUUUUAGUUAAAUAUAAUGCCUUAUAUUUAUCUCUCGAGUUGAUGCAAGGUCGUUGAUUUACUUAACCUGUUAUUUACAUAUGUCGCGCCGUAUGGAUUGCUGUAUUAAAAAGACCUAUAUAAAGUAGUACAUUAAAGAACAUUCAAUAUUAUAUCUAAGAAGCAUAUACCAACAUGAUCGCUAAAACGAUGAGAGUAUGUGCUAUUGCACGGAAACUAACAUCUACAGUGAGAACUUUUAGUAGUACACAAACAGCUCCAUUGCAAGAGGCUGCAUUAGAAGAACGCUGUAUUCUUGUCGAUGAAUCUGAUAAACCCCUUGGUGAAGCUACGAAAAGAGAUUGUCAUACUGUUAACACAGAAGGGCAAGUUCCGCUUCAUAGAGCAUUUAGUGUUUUUCUUUUUAAUAAUGCAGGGGAAUUGUUACUUCAGAAACGGUCUGCUAAUAAGAUAACAUUUCCAAACCAUUACACAAACACAUGUUGUAGUCAUCCAUUAGCUGAGAUUCCUGGUGAAUCUGAAGAGCAUGAAGCAAUAGGAGUCCGUAGAGCAGCCCAAAGAAGACUCAAUUACGAAUUAGGAAUUCCUUUGAAUCAAAUUGUACCAUCGGACUUCUUUUAUUUAACAAGAAUUCAUUAUCAAGCAGUGAAUGGUUAUUGGGGUGAACAUGAAAUAGAUUAUGUGUUAUUUGUGCAACGAGAUAACGUAACAUUGAACAAAAAUCCUGAUGAAAUUAGCGAGCUUCAUUGGGUGUCACGAUCUGAUUGUGAUCAGUUUGUGAAACAUCUUGACUCGCCAUUAACUCCAUGGUUCAAGUUGAUUCUGAAACAUCAGUUACCACUUUGGUGGGAUAAUCUACAUGCACUGGAAAAAAUGCAAGAUCACAAUACAAUACAAAGAUUUACAUAAAUUUUUUAAAUAAACGAUUUUGAGUUUUUGUAUAAAUCAAAAUUAAAUUUAUUUAAAGUA